AAUGUUCGAUUCUAAUCGUGAAACAAUAGCAAAUUACAGUUCUACUUUUGGAAUCUUACAUUUGAUAGCAUCGUUCUAUGGAAUACGUCACUUGUGUUAUCACGAAGGAUAUACGACCGAAAGUCCGUAUAAAUUUUUGGCAAACAAGCAACCAACGAUAUCGGCGAUGAAAUUAAUUUUGGUAUAAAAUGGAGCAUAAAGACAUCUUUUUAGAAAUCUCGUUUAUUUGCGAUUCGCAACGUUUUAUCUGAUGCUGUAAAUUAGGCUGACACCACGCAGAAUGUCGACCCGACAUGUAGCAUUGCAUUACACGUCAUUGUCAGUAGGCAUGCAGAUUUCGUUUGGUACUUUUCCAAAUUCCAACGAGAUUGUUUUUAUUAGAUACAUACAUGAUUAGAUCGUGGACGCGACAGUUUUCUGAAAUUCAGUCGCCUUAUUGCCGACGCAGUGCAUUAAUUCAGAUACUAAUGCCGAAUUCCGGUCGCUGUACAGUGAAAAGAAAAUAAUCGAAAUAUUGAAUUCAAGAUGAUUGCUAAUUUGACUGGCACGGAACCGUUUUUCGCGGGUCACGAACUGAAGGAACUCACUUUCGGAUGGACCGAUUAUACUUUAUUCGGCGGGUUGCUGGGUGUCAGCGUCCUCAUCGGUAUCUACUUUGGUUUCUUCAGCACGAAACAGGACAAUACUACCGAAUACUUACUCGGCGGCAAGACUAUGUCUUUUCUUCCAAUUAGCAUGAGUCUGAUAGCAAGUCACAUAUCGGGAGUGUCUUUGCUCGGCGUGCCUUCCGAGGUAUACCAGUACGGAACUCAAUAUGCCGCAUGCAUUUUCACAUCUUUCAUCAGCUGUUUCAUAAUCGUAUGCGUAUACCUGCCGGUAUUUUACAAGCUGCAGCUGACAAGCACUUUCGAGUAUCUGGAAAUUAGAUUCGCCAGGCCAGUCCGGCAAUUAGCGUCCUUUCUCUAUACCCUCUCCUUGGUAGUCUAUGUGCCGUUAAUAAUCUACGUGCCGGCGUUAGCCUUUUCGCAAGCGACCGGGAUGAAUCUGCAUUAUGUCGCGCCAGUGAUAUGCAUGGUGUGCAUCUUCUACACGACCAUCGGAGGUCUGAAGGCUGUCGUAUGGGCGGAUACGGUUCAAAUGACGGUGACUGUCGGAAGUCUCAUUGCCGUUUUGAUCUUGGGAACGAUUGCCGUGGGCGGCGUCGGUGAGAUCUGGAGAAUAGCCGGGGAGGGUGGUAGAAUUGUGUUUUGGAAUAUGGAUCCCAGUCCUUUCGUUAGAAAUUCAUUUUGGGGCAUGACAGUGGGAAUGGGAAUGACAUGGCUAGCAUCACUGGGCAUCAGCCAGGUUUCUAUGCAAAGAUUUCUGGCAGUACCUACUAUAAAAGAAGCACAGAAGUCGAUAUGGUUCCUGGCUGUAGGCCUAGUAGUCGUAAAACUGAUUUCCGUUUUCACCGGUCUUACGAUGUACGCCAGAUAUCACAAGUGCGAUCCCAUAACUGCACACGUGGUGGCAAGGAGCGACAAGAUAUUGCCGUAUUACGUGCUGGACGUAGCCGCGAACGUUCCAGGACUUCCUGGCCUCUUUCUCGCCGGUCUGGUAAGCGCCGGUCUCUCGACGAUGAGCGCCGGACUGAACACAGUCGCCGGCACGAUUUAUGAAGAUUUCAUCGAUCCCUGGCUGCCAAAGAGCAACGACAAAGAGACUAGAGCCGCCAACAUUAUGAAGGUCACGGUGGUAGUCCUAGGCAUUCUGUGCGUGGGCAUGGUGUUCCUCGUGGACCGUCUCGGUGAUAUCUUUCAAUUAUCCCUGACCGUGACCGGUAUCACCGCCGGUGCUAUGUUGGGUCUGUUCUCGCUGGGGAUGCUGGUGCCCUGGGCGACAACCAAGGGGGCGGUGGUCGGCGGACUUGUCUCGAUGGUGACGAUGAUCUGGAUCAUCGUCGGCGCGCAAUGGCAUAUGGCCAAUCGCAGUCUCUCCUACGAACCUCUUCCCUCCACGACGGAGGGUUGCCUGAACGUACCCGGUCUGUUUAAUCAUACGACGACCACGCAGAAUCCAAUGCCAGCCGUGGACGAGCCUUUCGUCAUGUACAGGAUAUCCUUCAUGUACUAUACGCUAUUGGGGGCCCUAAUCGUGAUGGUGAUCGGCACGAUAGUCAGCUUCAUCUGCGGCGCUCCUGAUUUAAGGGACAUUAAUCCAGAUCACUUCCCACCGUUCAUAGCCAGACUUUUACUGCCGAAGAAAUAUAUGGAAGUGUCAUUGCAUGCGUUGCCGACAGCAUUGGUAACUAAUCCAGAGAAAGAAGAACUGAAAUCUUGAAACAUAUUUUAUUUUUUGUUUCUAACCGUAUCUCUUGUCCGUGACCUUAACAAGACUUUAUUACAUUAAAAUACACACCCACAUACACAAACACAAUAAUUAAUGCGCUUUUGGAAAAUUGUUUGAUUACAAAUUCUAUGAUCUCUGUAAUAAUAUUACAUACUCUAUAUACUGAAUAUAUAUAUUAAUAUGUUAAAAAAAA